GAUGCAGAAACUAAUCAUGGCACUGGACAAAAAAUAUAAUAAGGUACUGGACAAAACCAUAAUUUCUUGUCCCCGACUAAACUAUGGGACAGUGGGCGUGAAAGGGGAGGAAAGAAAUGUUGUUGGUGAAGUUUUGUUGAAAUGCGACAGCAUAGGCGGAGAUAAAUUGAAGGAGAAAAGUGAAGGUGAAAGGUGGGAGAGUGGAAAGGAUAAUCAUGAAGGGUCAUCUUCUGCGGGAAUUUCAGAUACCGCUGAUUUGAAGGAAUACAUAAUGAUCUCUUCUGAUAGUGAAAGGGAAAUGAGUCCUAUAUAUGAGGAACUGGAAGAAGAGUACUAGACUCGUGAAGUUGAUGAUGUAAAGAAGUUUUGCUCAAAUAUUAUG